AUGGCGCUUGAAAUCACCGUCGCAGGCUGCUGCAAAGUGGGCUCUCACCCCGACACAAUCAGCGUCUCGGUCGCUGGAGAAAUUCAGGAGCAGCUCGCUUCCGCCGGAAUUCCGGAUGUUGCGGGCUUCCUGCAGCAGACCAUCGACGCAUUCUGGGCAACGUACGAGACAGGCGACCUGGACUCCCUAAAGCCCGAAUCGAAGUAUACGGAGCUGUAUAUUGAGAAGAUCUACGACGUACGCGUGGAGGGCGACCUCGUGGUUGUCAUGUUUAGCCCGAGGUGCGUGGGCGGAGUUACCAAGGGACCCAGGUGUGGUGACUGCGGCGGUGAGUACAACGUGCAGACGAAGGAGUUCGAAUUUGUUGAGGAGUAG